AUGUUUGAGCGCCGGCUCAACUGGGGAUACCACAGGAACUUGCCGGUUUUAAGCAGCGCGGUUGAAGUAUUCGCUGUCCAACUUUAUAAAGCUGUCCGGCAGCCUUUACAGCCUGCAAAGGAUGCUCCCGCGCUGGAGCCGGUACGCGACUUGGCUAUACUACCAAUCCCGCGCUGGGACAGUCGACUAACACCGGAAGCCAGCGACGACGGCACCGAUGAGUGGGUACCAGCCUGGAAACUCACGCUGACGCUUCUGCAUAUCACGCGUGUGUGUCUGCUCGGAAUCGUUAGGGAAAUAAAGUUUUCGCGUGCCUGUAUACGUCUCGCUAUCGACGACGGAACGGGAGUCGCGAAGGCUCAGUGCUGGAACUCUCCCGAAGGUAUGCUCCAAGGCGCGGGUGACUGGAAGCAAGGGACUCGGAGUGCUCUGCAAACUGGAGUCGUACUGUAUUGCUCUGGUCGGGUGAACUGGCAUGAGGGUAACUGUAUUUGCAUCGUUGAUGAGCUUCGCGUCUUUCCGCCUUGCAAGAGUGCCGCGGCAGAAAUGCGCUGGUGGCGACGCGUCAUAGAGCGACAGCGUGAGCUGGCCAGGCAGUAUGCUUGA